UACUCAGCACAGCGGCUGAUCGUUCUCGCUUCUCUCAGCCGCCCCCAGCUGUACCCCAGCGGUCCUGGCUGCGGCAUGAGAAACUGCCCUCAGCCUUCACCCCAGGGGCGUCAGCCCGCCCAUAGCCCGCCCCCAGCCACGGGCCGCAGGCUCUCCCGCUUCCUUCCCUGCCGGACUUCGCCCGGGCGGAAGGGUCACGGAGCGCCCUGCAGCACCUCUAACCUCGGGAAGCGGAAGGGGCUCCGGACGCGCCGAGCGGCAGCUGAUGCGGCCAGGCGGCCUGCACACGCUCGGGCGCCGCCUCGUCCCUCCGCUCCGCGCCGCAUCAAAGACUCUUGAGAAGCUGCUCUACACCCCCAUCUUCUUGUUAUGGUCAUUUGAAGGUUUCAACAGUAUCACUAACUUCGAAGAGGAGAAAUCUGCUGUGUAACUUGGAUCAGUUCAGGAGCCUUGCUACUUUGGGAAGGGCAUGACUGCAUGAUGACUACCACUAGUGAUUCAUUUCUCUUACAACGACAGGUUGUGCAUUUGCCAUAUUCAGCUUCACCAGAUCAAGUGUCCCUUCCAUCUGCUGGCUGGUUAUUAAAAUCAUGGUACUGCAGUCAUCAUUAAAGAACUGUCUUCAGCUGUCCUGCAUCCUCAGGAUUCCAAAAGCUGGCUUCAGAAGCCUAACUAGCGGAGGCCUCAUUAUCCAGUCUAUUUCUAAUAAUGUUUAUGAAAAUCUAGCUGUGGAAGAUUGGAUCCAUGACCACAUGAAUUUAGAGAACCAACAUGUCCUUUUCCUGUGGAGAAAUUCCCCUGCUGUGGUAAUAGGGAGACAUCAGAAUCCCUGGCAGGAAUGCAACCUCAGGCUGUUGAGGCAGAAAGCUAUAAAACUAGCCAGGAGAAGAAGUGGAGGAGGGACAGUUUACCAUGACUUAGGCAAUAUCAAUUUGACUUUCUUUACAAACCGGAAAAAGUAUGAACGAAUGGAAAACUUGAAGCUAGUUGUAAAGGCACUGAAAGCCUUGCGCCCCCAGUUAGACAUACAUGUCACUGAGAGAUACGACAUCUUGUUAGACAGGCAAUACAAAAUCUCAGGUACUGCUGCAAAGUUGGGAAGGACAACUGCUUAUCACCACUGUACCUUACUCUGUAAUGCAGAUAAGCUUGUUUUAUCUUCUGUACUAAAAAGUCCUUACAAAGGACUAAAAAGCAAUGCCACUCCCAGUGUGCCUGCCUCAGUAAAAAAUCUUUUUGAGGAGGAUCCUAGUUUAACUUGUGAGAUGCUCCUGGAUGCCAUUGCUGAAGAAUAUGCGACACGACACCAAAUAGAUCAUCAUGUCACCUUAAUAAAUCCAGCUGAUGAGUUUCUGCUUCCUGGAAUUAGUAAUAGAGUUAAAGAACUACAAAACUGGGAGUGGGUGUAUGGAAAGACACCGAAGUUCAGUGUUAGCACUUGUUUUAACAUGGUCUAUAAAGAUUCUGUUCUUGAUGUUAAAGUGGAUAUGGACAUAAAACAUGGAAGGAUUGAAGUUUGUAACCUUGGCCUGCCGGAGCAGUGGCUACCACCAUCACUGUGUAAUGAACUGGUGAAAAGCCUUACUGGCAGUAAGUUUUGCCCAGAUGAAACCACUACACUAGCAAAAACAUUACUAAGAAUGUGUCCAGAAGAUGAGGAGUUGCACAGCAGGUGGAAUCUGCUGUGUGAGAACAUGAUGAUGUUAAUGUGACUUGCAUUUUGAAAAUGUAAGUUCUGGCUUUUAAUUUAUUUUAUUGAAAACAAAACAUUUUUAAAGCUGUGUUUUUUUCUUGCUGAUUAUUAAAAUUGUUUUAAUUUGCA